AUGUCAACGAACUUGGGGAGGUUCGAGCUGCAAUGGCCGCAACGAGCAGUCAUGGAAGGAUAUGGAGGAGGCCGAGGCAUUCACGCAGUAAUGGCUGGGGUCCAGUGCAUGGUGUGUCUCCAGGAGUUCACUGGACCCCAAGGAAACCGAGUUCCUAAACUACUGCUCUGUGGCCAUACGUUCUGCGCAAGAUGUAUCGAUAGUCUCACAGAGUGGAACCGUGCCAGAUGUCCUUCGUGUAGAGCUGUCACUGAGAACGCCGAUACAGCAAUUCAUAACAAUUUUGUGUUGUUUAACAACCAGUAA